AUGCAACCACCACCACACAUCCCAAAACAAACUCCCCAAAUACACAUCCCCCUCGAACUCCACAUCCACAUCCUCGCCUUCGUCCCCUCCGCGCCCGCCUGGCCGCUCCUCGCCUGGCUCUGGCGCGACUGCCGGCAGGCGUCCGCGCUCGUCCGCGCCGCCGCCGAGCGGGUGUGGGUGGAUCGCCAUUUACCAGUACUGCCAUUGCAGCGGCGCGGGAUGAUGAUGGGCGGUGCUGGUGUGAGGGUCGUGUUCCCGUUGGGGGUGAUGGCGGCGGCGGGGGGGACGGUGUAUGCGGUGGAGGUUGUGAUGAGGUGUGUGGGGUUUGAAGGGGGGGAGGAAGAAGAGGAUGGUGGGGAAGGGGGGAAGAGGAGAGCGGUGUUUAGAGACGUGCGGCCGGCGGAGUGUUUCGGGGCGGGGGUGCUGGAGGCGACGAGGGCGCGGUGGAGGGAGGCGGUGGAGAGCUGGAGGGGGGAUGAUGGUGAUGAUGGUGAGGGAAGCAGCAGUGCAUUUCAAGAAGUAGAACAUGCCGACGACGACGACGACGACGACGACGAUGCCCCGACGACAGAGGGGAAGGAGAAGAAGGCGAGGGUGAAAAAGAAAAAUAAGAGCAAGUACACCUCGCUGCGUCCGGAAGCGUGGCGGUACUGGGUCGAGAUCCGCGGCCUGGCGCUGGACCCAGAGCUGCCAGACCUGCGCGUCGACUACGAGAAGAUGGAAAUCUCCUUCGACUGGCGGCGCAUGCUGGACGAGUUCUUCGGCGAAGAGGCCUACGCCCGUCGUCGCCUUGCAGACAUGGAGGCACUCGAUAACACUCGGAUCGAAAAGGAAUUGGAGGGUGAUGCAGGAGCAAUGGCCUCCUCCUGUGAUGGGACGCAUGUUCCUGAGAAGCAAACGAUACGUGACGGCGACGUAGAUGGUGGCACACUGCUGGACAAGCGACGAGACGUGGUGGAGGAGCCUGAGACGGAGGCUUAUCUCGCCGCCCGACGCCAGAGGAUCAAGAAGUGGUACAGGAAACGGAAUGGCCAACGGCGACUCGGGGACGGCGAUUGGUCCAUGUCAGAAGAAGCCGUCCCACCAAGUAGCGAUGAUUCCGCCGCUGAGCGCGAACGAGUCCUCGAGAUGUUGAAGCUCCGCGAAGACCUCGCAAAGGACGUGUCGAUAUGCGACAACGCGGACGAGGUGCGGGCAGUCUACCGCUGGAACACGGAGCAUGAUGGCAUUGAUCUAUGA